CGCUGAGCACGAAUCUGCAAUCAGAAUUGCAAAAUUCCAAGCCGUUCAGUUUUGGUCGUCAAAGGGUUAAUAUUAAUUUUCCAAGUGAGAUUCAAUCGAGAUUCAUAAACAUUUGUGCCUUGCAAUUAUUAUGAAGAACGCUUCAAUAAAAAGGUCAAAGACAGAAAUUGAAUAUCGAAAUGAAUAUGGUCUGAAACAAACAUCAAGUAGAUGCAUACGAUGCGACGAUCCAUUCUCCUUAAAAUGAUUGAUGAGACACUCGUUUUUGAAUGACUAAUGAUACACAUUCAAAAAUAUACAACAUGCAAUGUAGAUUCAUCGAUUUCAUACGCAUAUUCAAAGCAUGACACAAUGCAACAUUGAUACAUAGUCAAAAAAAUUCAAAACGGUGUUAAACAUUCUUCAUAACCAUAAGCGGAGUUUCGGAUAUAGUCUGAUAAUCAGGCUGUGAGUCAAUUUCUCAUGGGCAAAAUCCCUAUAUUAUUAUUCAGUCAAACAAAAUGCUUGACAUUUUUGCUGGAUUUUGUAGCUUAUUAUGGCCAUAAUCAGAAGUAGCAAGACGUUUUGGGGUUUAGUCAUAAGAUCAUAAAAAUAUAUAAAAAAAAUCAAGAAUUUCCCAAUGUACGCUCAGUAUAAUUCUGACUACUGUAGUGUUCGCAUUUAAUUGUUUUUUUUUUGCUUUAAGUUAGUGAUUAUUGUGAAACAUAAUAAUCUUGUGUUUGCGACUUUAAUUUGAACGAGCUUCUUUUCCAAAUUAACCGUUUUAAUUGUGAUACAAUGAGUAGGAUUAAAAAGUCUUGUAGUGUGGAUGGAAUUGCACUGAAUAACAGAUCAGUGCAAUCAAAAGAAGCGAAAUUGAUGUAUCAGCGCAGUGUGAUGCGGUCGGAUGUGGAGACGGGCAGAAUCGCAGAAAUGUUUGUUAAAAAUGAACAUAAUCAGAAUAUGCGCGAAUUUUUCGCAAUGAUGGAUACUAAUAAGGACGGAGUUGUAAGCAUACGAACACUGCAAAGUUUUCUGAAUUAUUUGGAACCAAAAUUGGGAAGGCAUAUUAUGACACAAAUUCAAAAGAAAUACGGUGAAAACUCCGAUGAGAAAUUGAACUUUGAGGAAUUUUUGCAAAUAAGCGUAUACAGGAUUAACAAAUUCCAGCGAAUGGUAUCCAAAUACUGUGAGAUAAUGGUUGUAUCCCGAAUUAAUAUAAACGAUUCAAUGGACGAUCUAUAUGAGGAUGCCAUGAGCUGUUGGCCACCACCAGUCACGAUGAUUGCAUUCAGUGUAGUUCAAAUAAUCAUCUUUUUUAUAUCAAUGUGCUACAAUGAAACGGGCGAAUUCAAAGUUGAACGAGACACUAAGCUUGCGGGAGUACUUAGAUACGAUCCUUGCAAUCGAAUGGAGUUGUGGCGUUUUAUCAGCUAUAUGUUUAUUCAUUCCAAUUACGCACAUCUCAUAGGCAAUUUAGUCAUGCAGAUUUGUCUUGGAUUCCCACUUGAAUUGGUCAAUCAUUGGUGGCGCAUGACAUUGAUUUACCUCUCUGGAGUGUUGGCGGGUUCGAUAUUAUAUUCAAUUACAAGUGGAAUGAAAUUGCAUGGCGCAUCUGCUGGAGUUUACGCUUUGCUAGUUUCCCACAUAGCAACGGUCAUCAUGAAUUGGAAGGAAAUGUAUCAUCCAUAUUUUCAACUGACCUUCUUCAUGAUUUAUUGCGGAGCCGAUUUUUAUCGUAGCUGUAUCGAGGCUCAGUCGGGUAUCGUUGAUGGCGGAACGGCACACUUUGCACAUUUGGGUGGCGCGGUUGCAGGACUGUUGGUUGGAAUCGGUGUACUUUGCAAUUUGAAACAACGACCGUGGAAACGAAAACUUUGGUUUGCUGCAGUUACUCUCUUUGUAUUACUUUUAUUAGCCGGCGUUUGCAUCAACAUCUUCUACUUUGAUUCAUUUGUUAGUGUCGAAUGUUCAUAACGAAGUCAAAAGGAAUAGUAAUUGCUUUAAGCGCCAUUUUCAAUCUCAAAUCGGUCAAUUUUUAUUUAGACACCUCCCGACAUUCUCAAUUUCAUCAAGCGCUUGUAACAAGCGAUUUAAAAAAAAACAAGUCAAUACAAGAGGUCAUAUCAUAUGAAUGUGAAAAACGUAUCUCAUUUGAACAUUUGAAUAUCGACCCACUUUUUUUAAAUGCAAGCCAAAAAAAUGCCACGGCAUUCAAAAGGGUAGCUUUAUAAACAAAAAUGAUUUUUAUUCCAAAUUUGAUAGUCUUAAGCGCCUUUAUGUAUUUUUUAUUUUCAUUUAUAGGCUUAAUUCAUUUAUGUAAUUGAUUUAUGCAUGGAAAAAAACGUGGAACGGAUUGAAAGUAAAUGUGAAUAUUUGCACAUGAUUGUUUGCCUUUAUGUAUCCAUCGGCUUAUGUUCAUGAUUACAUUUUAACUUGAAAUUUUAUAAAAAAAAACUUAUUUUCAAUUCAAUUUGUGUUUCAAGCAAAAAUCAUGUGAAUGUUGAUGCGGAUGAAAACAAUUACGGAACAUAAAAAAAAGAAUUUUUUCAACGAAAAAGUAUUUCAGCUGGUGCACAAUACACAAUACACAUCCAAAUAUUGAUGCUAACGCUUGAAUCGUUAUCGUUUGAAACGUUGAAAUCUCAUUUUCGUUUUUGAAUUGGUUACCCGAGAAACCAUUUCACCUACCAUUUCACCCUAUUUACGGAUAUGCAUUCGAACAAAAAGCUAUACUAGACAAAAAGUGAUGAAACUGGAAACUGGAAACUGGAUAUUUUGAACAUGGAUCGCAUUGAAGAAAAUCGCAUCCAUUACGCUUGUACAUUGCGUUUUGCAAUAAAAUAUAUUGAAGUCAUAUAGAAUAAAAGUCAAAGUUAUGACAUACAAACCUGAUUUGGGACACCCACAAGGUAAACCACAAAUGUCGAAAGAGCCAGUUGCCAAAGAGGUAAAAACAAAGAAAACCACAUUUGUCGAUUGAAUUUGAUUCUAAUUUCAUUUUAUUUAUGGUCAAAUAUUCCAUAAGAGUUUGAUAAUAAUAGCUGCAAUAUACAAUAUUUCAAUAUCUGUAAUAAUAAUAAUUUCAUUUAAGAUCUAUCCUUUAACC